CUGCCCUGCAGCCCGCAAUUCUCGCUCGAGCCAUCCCCGCCUUGCUCCACUCGGGCCAGCGCCUGGUGAGCUAGCCCAUCUGUGGCAUCCGCCGUCGUCUCCUCCUAGCACCUCCUCGCCGACCCCUCCCUCCCGGGACCUGCAUCCCGCUCAGCCAAUCAACGCCCGACUGCCAGUUGCCACGUGAUCCCGGGCGGGCUAAGGACCUGCUGCUUCCCAAACGCCAGAGGGAUGCGGGCAGCAGAGCGCGAGAGGCGGCUGCUAGGCUGCGGGGCGCUUUGACUCUCCCUCCACCCAGUUUCUCUGGGCUCCUCUCGUCUGCUCUCUGGACUCCGGUCUCCUCUUGCUGACCUGGCUUGCCAGAGCCCUCUGCUUAUGGCAGCAGCUUCCCGCGUCCCCGGCGCAGCUUUUCCGUGGACGACCCUCUCGCUCCCGGGGCUGAGCCGGGUCACUGGAUGUUGCUGAAACUCUGGAGAUCAUGCACGGGUUUGGCUGCUGCUUCCCCGUCAGGUGCCACUGCCGCCGCCGCCGCCUUUGCUGCCGCCGACCGCGGGAUGCUCAGUAGCCCGCUGCCUGACCCCCGCGAUCUUGCGUUCUCCCGAAGCCGUUUGCUGCUGCAGAGUUGCGCGAACUAGUCAUGGUGCUGUGGGAAUCCCCGCGGCAGUGCAGCAGCUGGACACUUUGCGAGGGCUUCUGCUGGCUGCUGCUGCUACCGGUGAUGCUGCUCAUCGUAGCCCGCCCGGUGAAGCUCGCAGCUUUCCCUACCUCCUUAAGUGACUGCCAAACGCCCACCGGCUGGAACUGCUCUGGUUAUGAUGACAGAGAAAAUGAUCUCUUCCUCUGUGACACUAACACCUGUAAAUUUGAUGGGGAAUGUUUAAGAAUUGGAGACACUGUGACAUGCGUCUGUCAGUUCAAGUGCAACAAUGACUAUGUGCCUGUGUGUGGUUCCAAUGGGGAGAGCUAUCAGAAUGAGUGUUAUCUGCGGCAGGCCGCGUGCAAACAGCAGAGUGAGAUACUGGUGGUGUCUGAAGGAUCGUGCGCCACAGAUGCAGGAUCAGGAUCUGGAGAUGGAGCUCAAAGAAAACCAAUAUUGUGAUGGAGUGAUGAAAGAGAGGUAGGAUGAAUGAAGAUAAUGGAUAACGAAAAUGGAAAAAUAAAACAAGCAAACAAAAGGAGGAAAACAAAGUGAGAAUGGAAAAUGAAAAGGGAGAACAAGUCUUUGUUACCAACAUAUCUUCACACAUGACUACCAUCUUAAAAAUAACUUUUUUCGAGUAGAAUGAUAAUAAUUGACUGAAUUUCCAGAGAAGAUUGCUUGGGGAUGUGAAAUGGAUACCACAAACAUUUUCUUUUUCUGAAUCACUUAUACAGAUUUCUAAAAACCGUAUCUAGGAAAGUAAAUGUAAUCAUUAUGUGCAGUGUGAUAGACAUGGCUUUGGGCUAAGAAUCAGGAGAUUUGUAUUCUAAAUUUUUAAUUGGCUUAAAGGCCUAUUUGAGUUUACUUGCAAACUCCUUGGAGAUUCAUUUAUUUUAUUGGUAAAGGAGAAUAGUAUCUACUUAUAGGAAAAGAUGAUUAUAAUAAACUAAUGGAAAGGACUUUGGAUUCCAAAAAAUGAAAUGACAAGAAUUUAUAUUAACUUUGUUCUUUUUUCCCAUUUAAAAAUAUAAUUUCUCUGAAGGGUUUAAUUGAAAUUUAGAUCUUUUAAUUAGUAAGUUUUAAGUUCACGGUCUAAAGUAUUAAUGCUGAGAUAAUAACAACUCUACAAAUCCAAUCACAGUUUUCAGUAUUUAGAGGAGAUAGCUAGCUUUGCACUUUUUGAAAGGGAGUGAAAUCAUAGAUUUGAUAUUGGAGAAAUUGCAGUUCUAUAUGACAGGUAAG